CGUGAUGUUGAGUUUGUCCACGUGAUCCGUUUCCUCCAAUGAGCGUCCUCGUGUGAUGGACGUCACAUGCGCAAUCGGAAUGCGCGCGCUAGGAGGAGGUAUCCAAAAUGCCGUCGACGGCAGAGGCGAAAGCUCCGCUGGCAUUAUCGAAUCAGCCAGAAAAGCCAAAUCAUUACACGUAUCUCAAAGAGUUCCGAGUAGAGCAGUGUCCGCAGUUCCUUCAACACAAGUGCACGCAACAUAAACCCUUCACAUGUUUUCACUGGCACUUUAUGAAUCAACGGCGUAGAAGACCAGUGAGAAGAGCUCGUGAUGGGACUUUCAACUACAGUCCGGAUGUUUAUUGCACAAAAUACGACGAAACAAGCGGUAUAUGUCCAGAAGGAGAUGAAUGUCAAUUCCUGCACCGAACAGCGGGAGACACGGAACGCCGCUACCACUUGCGCUACUACAAGACCGGCAUAUGUGUGUACGACACGGAUGCCCGUGGAUACUGCGUAAAGAAUGGUCCCCAUUGCGCAUUUGCCCAUGGGCUGAAUGAUCUGCGAGGACCCGUUUAUGAUGCAAGAGAAUUGCAGGCAUGCAUGGAUGGAGAUGAGGCCAGCAACGGCACACUGCCACCCAAUAGUCUGGACAAGGAACGCAAUGUGCUUAAUGAGGAUCCCCGCUGGCAAGACACAAACUAUGUGCUGGCAAACUACAAGACUGAGCCCUGCAAGAGGCCUCCGAGGCUCUGUCGCCAGGGUUAUGCCUGCCCACAGUAUCAUAACAGCAGAGAUAAGCGCAGGAGUCCCAAGAAGUACAAAUAUAGGUCAACACCAUGCCCUAAUGUAAAGCAAGGUGACGAAUGGGGAGACCCUGUCAACUGCGAUAACGGUGAUGGCUGCUCCUAUUGUCACACUCGAACGGAGCAACAAUUCCACCCAGAGAUCUACAAGUCGACAAAGUGCAACGACAUGCAGCAAACUAAUUACUGCCCUCGGGGUCCUUUUUGCGCCUUUGCGCACGUAGAAAAAGAAAUUUCUGCCGUCAGAGACAUGGGUCCGGACCACUCAACCAAUCUGGCAGCCAUUUUGUCCAAUGCUCUGCCCAAUCACCAGACACAAAGUAACAAGUCGGAUAAUCUAUUCUCCGAUUCUGGCCACCAUCACCAUAUCUCUGAUCAUCUUCAUCACCAUCAUCAGGGAAAUGACAAUGGCAAUCAGCCUCUGCCAACUCCUAUUGGUCGGCCGCGUUCCUACAGCUCGUCCACCAAUCAGUCAUCGGAAUCCUUGCCCAUGUAUCCCAAGGCCCCAGGAUCUGAGAGGGAAGACAGAGAGGCGAGCAUACGGAAACAGCUCAAGUCGCUGGACGAUGGGGAAUCCGUGGAAAAGUCUAGACAAGAUCCUUGGAUGGGUACGACACCUCCUAUGCACCUUUCCUCGUCUGCGUCCGCAUCAUUUUACCAUUCUACCAAUACUGUAGAAUCUGUUGUAGGUAAUGCAUUGGAUGACCUCAGUUUAGAUGACAUCAAUGUAGAGGCAUCAUUAGACAAAGAAUUGGACUCUAACCCGGUGACAUCGUCUCUCACACAAGGCCUAACAAAUUCUGGUCUGUUAGGAAGUUCGGCACCGGUUAACAUUCCGGGUGGAGGAGGACGACGUCUUUCUAACUUGUCACCACCGCUGGGGAGCCUCACAAUGCCUAUGGCAGUGGAACAUCCCAUGGACAAAACUGCAAUGGCAUUUUAUGGUCACUCGGGUUCCUUCUCUGGCAAGUUCCAGCAUGGUGGAUUCCCACCCAUGUACGAUUUUGGUCUUUCCUCACCAUCUGGGGGUCACCACCCCUGGGAGAGUCAUGCCAAGAUGUCCUGGGAAGAGGGUCUCGUGCAAGCACGUGCUUUGUGUGAAGCUUGGAAACGUGAAGCUGAAGAUGCACAUCGUAGAGAAAAGAUGGCAGAGCACCAAAGAGAUGAGGCUUUAGCUCAAGUGGCGAUGCUCCAGAAAGAAAUAGAAGCCAUGGCCAGUAAUCGAGUCAUUGGCUCCCUGAGAGUUCAAGAGCUUGAGAAGUUGCCCCCGUCACAACUUAGGCAAAUGCAGGAACAGCUGCGAUCGGAUAUGGAUGCCAUUGAGAAGUUGGCAAGCUCAAUGGAGCGACAUACAGUACGAAGCUCUGAGGGUCCCUACUGGUAGGACCCCAUUGUUCCCCCUAUAUAUUUUCCCUCUCAAGUGGUAGCGUAAGUUUUAAUUGGCUCAAGUUUUCCUAGAAAGUUUUUUCUUAGGGAAAAUACAUGACGGGGGAGCAUUUUCUUCUAGGCACAUUUUAAUAUUGUUAGGCUUUUCUGUUCCCGCACAGUUGAAUUACCCUCAUAUGAAGGAUUUUGAUUUUCGUGUUUCUAGUUGCAGAGAAAUCGGAAUGCUUUUGGGACCACGCAUUUAUGUUGCUAAUAAUAAUAAUAUAUAUGUAUUCGCUGCCCAGAUUGAAAGAAUGCAUUUGUUAUAUGCGUAUUUUGUGUUGUAGAAAGAACAUUGUUUUAGCGUUUACUCGGAUGUAAGACGAUUAAGACGAUCGUGAAGACGUUGGAGUAAAUGCGAGUUAUUUCGAGGAGCUCUCAGAAAAUGAGUUUCCAAAGAGUCUAUGUUAACUACUGUUAAUUAAUGUCGCAGUUAUUAUUUGUCAUUUAUGUUGCGAUUAAGCUCGCAUCUCAUAAAAAGACGGUAGAGAGAAGCUUGUUUCUUGGGAUAAAGCGUUUCCAAAAUGGCGACCAAUCUAGGAAUUUGAAAUAACUGCAUUUUUAGUGUAAAUAUUUGACUCUUUCACGUUUGAUAUUUUUGCGUCACUCUUAAAAAGACCUGUACAUAGGCAGAGGCAAUUUUAUUCAGACACAAUGUAAAUAAUGUGUGCAUGUUUUGAAGAGAAAAUUGUCACAUCUAGAACCUAACAAAUUUCGGGGAAAGAAACACGUUUGUAGGAUGAUGAAAGAAAAAUUGUACUGUAUUAAAAUCUCUUAAAUUCCCCGUCAAUCCAAGAACAAGCGCACAAGUUGUGGAAAAUAUUUUUGACAAAGUGUGAGAAAUGUAUGUGCAUGUGCAUUGGUGCUUCAAUGUGUGCGUUACGAAAAAUCAUUUAAUUAAAAGAUUUUCACUUGGGUGGCUCCAAUCCAGAAAGAAAGAAUGCUGUAAUCUUGUUGGAUUCCAUAAUAGUUGUCACCAAAGGUAGUUGUAAUAGUAGUUGAUGUAAGUAACCAAUUGUGGUAAAGCAGAAUUUUGGGUUAAAAAUGUGGGGGAAGACGUUUUUGUCCUAUCGGAUAUUUAAGCUGCUCACCUCCAUGUAACCCUUCUUUUAUGCCGAUAAUUUAAUGCCAUUUCAUAUUUAUAAAUCUUGUACAUAGUCAUUCAUACUAGGCUGAAAAUUGUAGGGAUAUUUUUGUUAAACUUAGCGGGACACUAUGCAAGUUGAUGGGCAUAGUAUCUGUGCUUGGAAGGAGAAAAAGAAAACACAAAAAUUGGAUGUGCCAUUUACUAUGCAGAAGCGUGAAAUUCCUCACUCAGUAUUACAUCUUUAAAGAAAUGUUGACUACUUUAUAAUGAAGUUUUGUUGUAAUUCUUUCAUGAGAAGUAUCUGUACUAAAUUUCAUAUAACUAGGCAUAAUUAUGUAAAUAAAUUCUAGGAUUUUAAAUGGUUUC